AUGCUAGAAGUCAAACUUCUGAAUUCUAGGUUGAAGGCAUCAGCCCAUAUUGAAUCAAGGGUGAAGACUUUGAAGGGAAAAUAUGGUGCUUUAGCUGAUGCAUUAUCUCAAAGUGGUUUUGGGUGGAAUGAAGAGGAGAUGAUGUUGGUAUGUGAGGAAAGUGUAUUUGAUGCAUGGGCGAAGAACAAAAAGGAUGCAAGGGAUGAAGAAGAAGAUGUUAGGCGAGAUGAUGCAAGUGUUCAUCAGAAUAGAAGUGUGGGUGAUGAUUUUAUUGAGGAGAUGUUUUCACAUCUUGAUGGUGGGUCACAAUAUGGGGGUUCAGAAUAUGAGGGAUCUCAAUUUGAUGAUGUUGAGGAUUUAGAAGAUGAUGAGACAAUUUUUACACAACCAAAUCCCCAACCCUCAAGUGACCAACAACGUGCCUAA